GUUGACUUCCGGUUGGGGGAAGAAAGUUGGCCCGAAGGAGGGGCCGCGAAGAAGGAGGAGGAAGAGGAAAGGGCCGGGCAGUAGGGGCUUAGGUCGUUCGGCGGCGGCGGCUCUCUUCCGGACCGACGAUGGACAGCCAGGGCAGGAAGGUGGUGGUGUGCGACAACGGCACCGGGUUUGUGAAGUGCGGAUAUGCAGGCUCUAACUUUCCAGAACACAUCUUCCCAGCUUUGGUUGGAAGACCUAUUAUCAGAUCAACCACCAAAGUGGGAAACAUUGAAAUCAAGAAUAACAAAAAGAUGGAUCUUAUGGUCGGUGAUGAGGCAAGUGAAUUACGCUCAAUGUUAGAAGUUAACUACCCUAUGGAAAAUGGCAUUGUACGAAAUUGGGAUGAUAUGAAACACCUGUGGGAUUAUACAUUUGGACCAGAGAAACUUAACAUAGAUACCAGAAAUUGUAAAAUCUUACUCACAGAACCUCCCAUGAACCCCACCAAAAACAGAGAGAAGAUUGUAGAGGUAAUGUUUGAAACUUACCAGUUUUCUGGUGUGUAUGUAGCUAUCCAGGCAGUUCUGACUUUGUAUGCUCAAGGUUUAUUGACUGGAGUAGUGGUGGACUCUGGAGAUGGUGUAACUCACAUUUGUCCAGUGUAUGAAGGCUUUUCUCUCCCUCACCUUACCAGGAGACUGGAUAUUGCUGGAAGGGAUAUUACCAGAUAUCUUAUCAAGCUGCUGCUUUUGCGAGGAUAUGCCUUCAACCAUUCUGCUGACUUUGAAACAGUUCGCAUGAUUAAAGAAAAAUUGUGUUAUGUGGGGUAUAAUAUUGAGCAAGAGCAGAAGCUGGCCUUAGAAACCACAGUAUUAGUUGAAUCGUACACACUCCCAGAUGGCCGCAUUAUCAAAGUUGGGGGAGAGAGAUUUGAAGCACCAGAAGCUUUAUUUCAGCCUCACCUGAUCAAUGUUGAGGGAGUAGGUGUUGCCGAAUUGCUUUUUAACACAAUCCAGGCAGCUGACAUUGAUACCAGAUCUGAAUUCUAUAAGCACAUCGUGCUUUCUGGAGGGUCUACUAUGUACCCUGGGCUGCCAUCACGGUUGGAACGAGAACUUAAACAGCUUUACUUAGAACGAGUUUUAAAGGGAGAUGUGGAAAAACUUUCUAAAUUUAAGAUCCGCAUCGAAGACCCACCACGCAGAAAGCAUAUGGUGUUCCUGGGUGGUGCUGUUCUAGCAGAUAUCAUGAAGGACAAAGACAACUUCUGGAUGACCCGACAAGAAUACCAAGAAAAGGGUGUUCGUGUGCUGGAGAAACUUGGUGUGACUGUUCGAUAAACUAACUCCAGAGCUUGUUCACAUCACACCCCUAAUGCUUUCUUUUUGCCUUUAUUGCCAGUCUUUGAACUCAUUCAAUUUCAGGACAUGGAAGAGUCCUCUCUGUGCCCUUUGACUGGAAAGGUCUGGUUUUAUUCUGGUGUCUUGGGGAAGCUUUGUUAAUUUUUUGUUAAUGUGGGUAAAUCUGUUUAAUUCAACCACUUCCCUACAAACACGAUGAGAGGGCAAAGGGUCCUGUCUGCUGCUUUGUUUCUUCUAAGUAGGCAUUUAGAUCAUUCCUGUCAGCUUCCUAUUUUCACUUUACUGCUCUAAUGCGGCUAGUUUUAGUCUUUAGCACGCUAGGUGGUAUGCCUUUAUUAGCAUAAGAAAAAACUUUACAGGGGCUUUUACAUUUUAUUGGGGUGGGGGUGGUGAGGGGCGGGUGAGCGGCUGCUGACCCCUUUUACAGCAUUUCCUCCCUGGUGUGGUGCUUUCAACAGUCACUGCACAGUUGAAGUACCUUAAAGCUUCUGGAAUUAACAUUUUAGGGGAACGUUAGACUCAGAAUUCAGGUGUUUUUGGUGGGUUUUUGCGUGGGGGCAGGGAGUGGUCUUUUGAUUUUACAAUUUUGAUUUUUUGAGCUUUUCUGCUCUGAGGUGUGUAAGAUGAAAUUUAUUUACAGUACUUUGAUUUGGCAGGUUUUCUUCUACUUUUGGUCUGCCUAGAACUGUUUCCAUGAUAAAAAAGCAAGUGUAAUACUCCAUUACCAUGUGGCUUAGGGAUUUAUUUGUUUUGUUUUGUUUUUAAAUCAACCAUGUUAGCUGGGAGUAGACUCCCUAGAAUCUAUCAGUGCAAAAUUAACAGUUUAAAAAUGCUUUUGGAAAUUCAGAUUACAGAUGAAAAGAGUGCUUAAGAGUGCUUCUUUUUAUACCAGAAGCAUUAAGGUGAUCCAGUGCCAAGUACCAUUCUCGCAGUUACACUUUGAUAUAUCUGACCAGUGCUGCUUUAGUAAGAAUCAGUAAAUACAUAGGAAUAAUUACUGGCAGUAGGUUAUAAUUGUUGGGUUAAAAAUAACAUUGAAAUAUGGGACUUGUUGCCAGUUGGGUAAUUUUCAUUGCUUUUUUAUUAUUUUAAUUUGAAACUUGGAAGUAGAAUAAAAUUUGACUACUUAAAAUGUUGGCAAAAAAAAAAAUCAAGAUUUAAAUUCAUAUUUGUACUGAAAAAGUAAUCAUAACAAUAAGUCUCAGUCAUCUUAUGCUUGAAAGAAGAGUUGUUGAUAUUUUGUAAAUGUUAGCAAACUUUCCCACCUGUCAGAAAAUCAUAUUUAUGAAUCCCGUCGGUAUUGCUUUGUGUCUGAAAAAUAUCAACUAGUACUCAGACUUGAAUUCUUUCUAGAUUUGAAAAAUAAAGUAAUAAGUUGUAUCACGCUAAGUACAAAAUGCAGAUUCUGGGGGAAAAUGUUUUCCUUCAUUUCAAAAUAUUCUUUAGUAAUAAUGGCUUUGAACGAAGAAGCUUAAUUAUUUUUAGGUGACUGAAAUUGGAGAAAUUAUUGGCUUUAUAAAGAGUCUCUUUUCUGUGAGAAAACUUAAAAAUCAAUUUUUAUGAAAUAAGCAACAAAAGAAGGUUAGUUUUAAUUAUGCAGCUUCGUUAAUAUUAAGUAUUUUUUGUCUGUUUUACCUCAAUUUGAAACAAGUAAAAGAAGUUUGCCUGCAUGCUGGACAUGCUUCAGUACACUUGAAUAGCCUAUGAAUAACAUGUACUAGAUUUGAGGGACAUGGAUGUCAGUCAUUUUGGAAUUCUCAAGGUUCCUAAAUCAUGUUCAUAUAAAUCCCCCUAGCCUUUGAGUCCUGGACUAGUUAAAGGACACAAAUGUAGGGCCAGUACCUACCAGCUAGCUGUUCAUUUCCGGUAAAUGGAUUAACUCUCGGCCUUUGGUCAUGAUUUUAAUCUAUGGGGAUAGAAAACAACAACGAAUAGGAUAGACUCUUAGAACAAUGAAAGAGCAGUUAUCUUUUGUCCCUUGAAUAUAGAAUUUGGUUUUAAUUUCAUGAUUCUGCUAGCAGACACGACCGUUAAAAUGGUGUGUAUAUAUAUAUAUAUAUAUAUAUAUCUGUCCAAAGGAUGGAUAUAUAUAUAUAUAUAUAUAUAUAUAUACAUAUAAAAUAAUUUUUAAAUUCCAUUUUCUAAUUUUCCUAUUCCAAGGUAAAAUAAUGCAUUUAGUUAUUUGGAGGGUAGUAGAAAAUAAUGUUUAAUUGGAGUUGUCAGGUAGGAGUCCCUCAGAUAUUAAAAUUUUUUCUGUUUUAAAAGCGAUCUGAGUUUUAGCUCUUGAAAACAAUUGUCACUUAAAUUUCCAAUAAUUAAAAUUCCUUUUAAAUUAGAAUUGCCAAUGCCUUGACCUUUGAGAAGGGUUCCUUAGAAAUAAAUCCUACAUUUAAACUUUUUUCUUUAAAGCAUGGUAUUGGAUGUUGACUUUUUACAGUUCUAAGCACUGUUAACAAUAUCAGGGAGGUGUUUUGAGAGAGAUCAAUGGAAAGUUAAACAUUCUACAUCUAACGUGAAUACACUUCUUUUUGAUUCAGAAAAUAAAAUCAGAUUUUUGAAAGUAAA